CGUGGGUAAUUAAUGAGGAGGUGGGGCUUUCUGCUGUGUUUAUACUCUGCGAUUGGCUGGAUUUGAAUCAUCUCUACGUUCUGUUUAUACUUGGGUGGGACUGUAGAGGGGCUCAAUUUCGUGCUUUAUAAAAGGCCCGGGCAGCGCGCAAGAAACAGACUAAAGUGACAGUUUAAGAGAAAGAAAGUACUGUAGGAGGCGGGGCUUUGAACAACCGAGAGCUUUCCUCCCGGUCUCCUAAUUUUCUGUGGACCAGGAAGCAACGUUUGCACAACAUUUUUGGAUCCUAUCCUGUUAAAACAUAACAGGCCAAGAAAGGAGAAUACUGAAAAGAACUGUGGCUCACAAGAAUACAAUUCCGUGUAAACAUUUUUAGGAUCAUGUGGCACAAACGGUUUGUUUGGAAAUUGUAAGCUUCCCCAGCUUUAACCACUAUACUUCAAUAAGGAGCAGACAGCUGGAGAAAGACAAUCGUUUUACAAGCACAGUUGGCUACUUACUUUACUGUGUUGGUGAUCCCUUCAUUCUCUUCCUUAUUCUCUGAGGCAUUUUGGUAUGAUACCGGUGACUCCAGAUGAUCCUGUUUCAGCAGGAACAGUGCUGCAAUACUGGUACAUCCUUCCCAAAGUCCUAAAAAAAAGUAGAUUGUGGCCAAAGAGUACUGGGCUGUAGGAUUUUGAACUACACUCACCACUGUCCAUUAUCAUUGUGAAGAUAAAAGGUGCUGAUGAGCUUUGCAAAAUUGCUGGUGAACAGCACCAAUUUGUUGUUUAGACUGAAAUAUUUGCAAAAUAGGAGAGAACUGCGUGAAUUGAGGAACCUCGUUUCCCAGAUAUCAUAGAUCUCCAUGCAUAGCUUUCCAUACGUGUUAUUUUGUUUAGGAAUCUCAGCCCACAACGGAAACAGCGAAGGUGGGUAAACAUGGACCCGUACCACCUUAGUGAUGAAAGCUCCCUCCAGUCUGAGAUUCAGCUUCAUGAGUUUUCAGGGAAUCAGGCUUUGGAUUGUAGCGAUGCUUUCAGCCAUGAUCUGUGUCCAGAUAUGAGAGACAUGAUUUAUUCGGGAUUGAGCAACCUGGAUGUAGAUCCCAGCCUUUCAGCCACAAAUAUGAAUAAUGACACUUUGGAGGACAACCUGGACACCUUGUCUUUGUAUUCAGUGAAGGACUGUGAUUCUGCUAAACUCCUUGAUGACUGUGACUCAGACUCGCGGCCACUUCUGCGUGAAUUGAGGCUUCCUGCUCCUUCAGCACCUAAAGAAGUGGAGCAAGGAGGCAGAUCCAGUUCUGGCAGUGGAAAGAAAGGAAAGCCCACCCAAAGCUCCCCUCAAGCCCCUUUCCUGGAUUGCAGCCUCUGUGGAAAGGUUUUCAGUAGCACCAGCUCCCUCAGCAAACAUUAUGUGACUCACAGCCAGGAACGGAAACACGUCUGUAAGAUCUGCAGCAAAGCGUUUAAGAGGCAGGACCACCUGAGUGGUCACAUGCUUACACACCAAAAAACAAAGCCAUUCAUUUGCAUAGAACAAGGCUGCAAUAAGAGUUACUCGGACCAUCGAUCGUUACGCAGGCAUUACGAAAUGCACCAUGGCUUGAGAUUGUUAAAAGACGACGAGGCUUAUGAGAGCUCCCCGCCUCCGCACGAUUCACGUGUCCAGAUGGGACCCAGCAAUGUGAGAACUGCAGAAAGGCUGGCUGUUCACCCUGAGCCUCAGGCUCCCAAUCAUUCCCUUCUGCCCAACAGAGACCUGCUGAGGUGUAUUGUAAGUAGUAUAGUUGGCCAGAAGCUUCCGUCGGCUCCUUCACCUGCCACGGGGCAGUCUGAAUCUGAUACUAAAGGUUCCCUACAACCCUGUACUUCUGUGUGUGGUCAGAUUUCUUGUGUUCCUGCAAGUACAACUGCACUCACGGAAGCCACUGGUGAUAAAGUGAUGAAGGAACUUUAUCCUUGUCAAAAGAACACUACUUCUUCCAGUAUGUACACCAUAAUAAAUCCUGGGAAUUUAUCUGUACUUGGACCAGCGGAAAAUGUUACAAAUUUGCCUGAGAGGCAGCCACAUUCAGAACCUCAGUUCCCUUUAGAAACCACAGCCCUGGAAUAUUGGCCUAACAGUAGUAUACCUCGCUACCCAUUAUUCAGAGGACAGAAGAUUCCUGCAACCUCUCACCAGUCAAAUGGCAGCUUCCAGUGGGUCAGAAAUGUGCCACCAACCUAUACCAAAAGCAAAGGGAACAGUGUUUAUGUUGCUCAGAUGUCACCUGUUGCUGCUCAAGAUGUUUCACAAGGGCUAAUGGGACCCUCCCAUGGUUUUGAUUCUUUGACACAGACCUUUGAGCAUCCAGAUGUUUUAUCCUUCACUCCCACGCUCUUAAAGUCACAAGGGGAGUUUCUUGGGGAGCCAAAGCUCAGUGGUUUUGAAGAGACCUUUCGGCCAUCAGCAAGGCUCCCAGAUGCCUCUAAACAUGCUGCACUGCAGAAAGGAGAGGCCGGACCCCUCUUCAGGCAGCUCUUUAUGAAAUCCCAGGAAUCCUCAAUGAAUCAGGAUCAGCUACAAGUACAGGGUCACCUGUUCCAGAGGAUCACCAAAUCUCAGCACAUUGUAUCUCACACUCAGCUGUUGGCUUCAUCACAGCUGGCAACUUCAGAGGCUGAGCAGAUGAUAGCGAAACCGCUUCAAAGUGUGUUUCAGAAGCAAACGGAUUUGGUUAACCCACUUUUGGAAACCACAGAAAAUGAAGACUCCCCCUUGUGCGUGAAAAAGUCCUUGACCCAGUUUCAGAAGGACUUCUCGUCUGGCAGUGAGAAAGAUGGUCAACAGCCAACUACUCCUCUGCAUUCGUUUCAACCACUUGCUAUGCCUCCCAUGAACACAGAAUCUGUUUCUCAUGUCAAGCACACCAGAACCUUGAAAGGGUGCUUGGGGUUAAAAGACUACUCCAGCCCUAGCCAAACUGUAGUGUAUGAAAAUGCCCCAGGAAACCACACUUAUGGGAAGCCAAGUCAGUUGGGGAAUGGCUCUCCCAUCCCAAGAAAGAAAGAGAAGAGUAAGACUUGUGCCAAAGAAUCUGGUGGCAAGGGGCAUUCCCGCAGCGGUCGACCCCGCCGGAAGGAGAAGCUGAAGUUUGAUGUAUCUUCUGUGGCUUCUCCCAGUCAAGUAGCCAUGGCUUCCUUUUCCUUGCCUAGUACCUCGUUUGAUAGUGGGGCCAGAGUGAAGCCAAAGCUGACCAUUUUCAACAGGAUUCAGGGUGGAAACAUCUAUAGCUUUACUAACCCAAUGAGGGAAGAACCCUUUCCCCCUGGAUGUACGAAGACUGAGGGAGGUCCUAUAGAAAGAAGUGAGCAUGGAAGCAACUUUGUUUGCACAACCUGCAGUCAACUGUUUUAUACCGAGAGAGGUCUAAACAGCCAUAUGUGUUUCUAUAGUGAACAGUGGCAGUCCCCAUCAGGAAAGGAAAAACAGCAGGCAUUUGAGGCAGAACAUUUACAACCUCAGAAACUGUCCUUCAAGCCAGCAGGGGAUGGAGGUACUCUUCCUGAAAUCAAAAGGCCUUUGGAAGAUGUGGCAGUAGCACCUCUUAUAAUUCCUGUCUCGGUACCUGUAACGGCUACAAACCAGCAGCGAGAGAGCAAAGCUGAUGAGAAGGAAAGCCAGGAUGAUAAGGAUCUCCGGGAAGGCACACUGCAAAAGAAGAGGAAAAGGAGGACCCGCCCGAAAUCACUCUUCAUCCCACCUCCUCCACCAGCCUGCAGUGAGAUACAGCCUGGCACUGGAGGUUGCUACCAGAGUAACCUUCGCUCGCCUGUCUUCCUCAUGGACCACCUCCUUCAGGGCUUGGUCCAGUGCUCCCCUUACACGCCUCCUCCAAUGCUCAGCCCCAUCCGUGAGGGUUCAGGGCUGUAUUUCAACACUCUCUGCUCUUCCUCUGCCAAUGCUGGUUCCACCAAGAUGUACACCUCUGUUCUAGAUGGAAUGGAUGGAACCCUUUUGUUCUCUCUUGUGAAAGAUACCACCAAAAUCAGCAUAGAACCACAUAUUAAUAUUGGAAGUCGUUUUCAGGCACAGAUACCUGAUCUCCAAGAGAGAUCAUCCUUAGAAAACUAUGAACAUCCAGCCUUGUUAGUGUGGAAGCCGUGGGGAGACAUCACAACCAAUAAGGAAACACAGAAAAGAGCCACAGAUCUGUUAAAACUGGCCUGCUCCAGUGCGAUGCCAGGGGGAGGGACCAACCUAGAACUAGCUGUACACUGUCUGCAUGAGGCCCAAGGAAACAUUUUGGAAGCACUGGAGAUGCUGUUACUCCAAGGACCACAGAAGCCUCCCUGUCAUCCUCUUGCUAACUAUCAUUACUCAGGUUCACAUUUGUGGACUCCUGCAGAGAAGCAGUUGUUUAAGAAGGCCUUUGGCUUGCACAAGAAAGAUUUCUACUUGAUACAAAUGAAGCAGUUUAGGGUUACAUUUUGUCUGUCUUAUAAAGACGCUCUUGGCUAUCCAGUUGCCCAAGACCUAAUCCAACCCAAAGAAAAUGAAGAGAUACAAACUAAGACGGUUUCCCAGUGUGUUGAAUACUACUAUAGCUGGAAAAAAAUACUAAAAUUUGACUGCAGUCGAGCACAAGUGGUAGAAAAGAGACCGAAGAGAGAACAGGAUGAGGUAGAAAUGGAUGAAGAAAAGACUGCUUGCAGCCCAAAGAAAAGGCCUUGCCAAUUGCCUAAACAGGAGACCAAGCUAAAGCCAAGGAACUACAAAAAAGCAGCACAGAGCACCUUCAGUCCGACCAGCAGCCAGAAGGAAACUCUAGAUAGGCCCAGAAGCGCAGGCAGUCAGGGUGUGUUCCCAUGUAAAGAGUGUGCAAGAGUGUUUGACAAGAUAAAAAGCCGGAAUGCUCACAUGAAGCGCCAUCGCCUGCAGGAGCAGAUGGAACCGAUGAUCAAGAUUAAGUGGCCCAUAAAGCAUUUGAAAAACGAGCCAAAGAAGGAAGAAAGAAACUCGGGCAUUGAUUUCCUCCAGUGGUAACUGGGAAAGCACAGUUUCAGGGAUUCUGUUAUUUUUUUGGAGGACGGAGUAGGCCAAUCAAUGAGAAAUCACCAUUGUACUUAGUAUCUUUUUUGUGAUUGAUGUUCACACAACUGCUUUCUGAUUCACUCUGUAGUAGCACAGUGAUCUGCGUUACUGUUAUUUUGUAUGUGCUCACGGCGUUGCUUAUUAAAUUGGGUUCCUCAACCAA